UUUCAAUCUUUCAAGAAGAAUAUAAAAAAGAGUUUAAUAUAGAUUAGUAGUAUUUGUCUGUGAGAAAGAUCAGUUAUUAACUAUGGGAUCUGCUCUUGGAAUUAUAAUAUUGAUUUGCCUACUUAAUGAAUCAAUAAAAGCUCCCAAAGUUCCAAGUAAUAUUACAAAGCUUUACAAGAAAGAAUUAUCAGAUGUGAAUGAAAGAGACAAAAAACUUAAAGUCUUGUUUAGUAACUUUCAAGAAAGUAAACAUCAUAACGAUGAAUUUCAGCCAAACGUAAACAGCACAAUAAUAAGUAGAGUAUGGGAACUAUUCAAUCACUGCUUUCUAACUUUUGAUAAUUUGGCUAAACUUAUUCAAAAUGAUCAUGCAUUAAAAUAAAAGUGAAUGAUAUUAAGUGAACUUUCUGAUAUACCGUGAAAGCCAGC